CAACAGCGAUGUAGCCUGUUGAACAUCGUUGUUCAACUUGAUUUUUUCAAAAAAAAUAUUCGUUGGGUAUUGAAUUAAAUGCUCCAACAGCCAUAUUUUCAAAAUUUUGAAUGUUGGGAACCCCUUUCCCUAUAUAUUUGGACUCCAUCUCUUCAUUUUUACACACACAAACACAAUUCUCUUCAAUCACCCUGCAUAUUUCAUCAUUUUUUUCUUCAUGUUGCUAUUCCUUCAUUAAAAUGGGCAAAGACAAAAGCAGGGCUGGAACCUCCGGAAAAUCCAAGGCCAAAUCCCGGGCUCCUACAACUACUUUCGACGAACGAUUCUACUACGGAGACGGGUCGUACCUCUGGUUCGAUUCCGAGGAGGAGCGCACGCGCUUUCUCACCUUCUUCUCCAAACGGGUCAUGGCUCCCCCGCGGAUUCUCCCAGAGAGACUACCGGAUAUGCUCGGCUACGACUUCCUAAACGCGCAGCUCCACCAAACCGGGCUAUGGUCGUUCAUCUCCAAGGCCCGGAAGGAGAUCAACCAGGCGCUGAUUCGGGUGUUCUACUCAAAUCUCCGGCAUGAGGGAGACGUGUUCUACAGCCUUGUCAAGAGCACACCAAUUGCGCUUAACUUCGAGCGGCUUGGGCGCAUCGUUGGCCUCCCCUACCAAGGCGACGACAUCUCCAACUACGGCAGAGAAGAUUGGGUCCUCAACAACGAGGGUCUAGUCCUCAACGAGCUCGACAUCACCGAUCUUAUCCGCCACGCCACGGGCCGCCCCACCAUUUUAUUUAUGAUAAAAAAUAUCACUAUUUAACAAAAAUAUCAAAACAUUAAAGAGUUUUAAAAUUAAGGAGAGUACAAAAUAAAAUAGAUAAACAAAGUGAUUAGAGAGGGGUAUAUAUCAUGAGGAAUUUACAUAAAUAACACUAAAAUAUAAUGACUUUUACUAAAUAGCACUACAUAUGUUUUUUUCCUAAUAUAGCAAUUUUAGUCAUUAUCUAUUAGUCAUUAUUCAAGUAAAUGUUUGCUAUCUGAUCAUUAUGGAUAUUAUUAAGUGCUAUUUAGGAAAGAAAACAAUCUAAAUACUAUUUAAAGAAAUGACUUAAGUUUUA